AUGAAUCGUUUCCGCAAGUCGAAGAAAGAGCAGAAGGAGAAGCAGAAGAAGGAGAAGAUCAAGGAUGAGAUUGUGAUCACUGAAACCAGUGUUCCUCCCACUCCUCCCCCUGCCACCACUUUUGGGGGGAUGCUGAAGAAAGGCAAAAAAGAAGAACCCGAGCCAAAGCCCGACCUCGAUCUUUCGAGUGCGUUGCCGUCUACAGAUGAUUUCCGCACUAGUUUGCUCAUGCCCAAGUUGUCUGCGCGGUUUAGCAUGUUGAGAGAACAAGACGAUCCUGAAUCCAUGAUUGGAAAGGCUAGCGACGACAGUGUACUGUUUCCUAAACGCGCCUCACGGUUGAAUCUUUUCGGCCAUAACCCCACGCUACUUCCCGAUAUUGAUGAAGUCUCCACUCACAGCCGGCCGUCGUUUAGCAUGGGCCGAGGUUCAUACGCAUCGGGAAGCGACGGGUAUACUGGCGAUGAUGAUGCGCAAUCACAAAAAGGGAGCAUAAUGAGCCGCGGCCGUCGUACGGAGGGAAACAAUUUGUUCGGAGGACGACAAAAGGUAUAUAAGAUUGCUCCCUCCGGAACUGGCCGUUCUGGCCGGGCCGUUUAUGAACACGAUAUUGGUCACUCGACCUUUCGACCAAAGCUCAGUGAAACGGAGAGAGAAGAGGUCUACUCUCCACACGAGUCGGAAGAUGCGCACUCUAGCGUGUCCUCUUUCAACCGAACCACAUAUUCAUCCACUGCGUCUGGGCCAACGCUUGGUGGCCGUACAUCGACCGCUGCGACAUCUGUGGAUGAGCAGAACAUGGCAACGUCACCUGCCCAGACACAUUAUAGUAGUUCAGAGUCGGUCGCCUUGCCAAAGCCAACGGGCCCGGGGAUGGCUUCAGAGCGCGGAUCUGCCAGGACACGACGUCUUUACGGCCAAGCAUUGGAGCAGUCGGUUCACAGCCAACAAGCGUCAGCUCUACAUCGACUAGAAAGCUUGAACCGCCAGCGUGCAGGCACUCCAGAAAUUCCAGCACUCAACCGAAGCUAUUCUCGGAGCGCCACCAACCUGCGCAAUGGGUUACAGAAACUGGCCAUUGCUGAGCCCUCACCAGCUGCAUCUCGUCCCACUAGUCCUCCGUCGUCUGCUACUUCGCCGACACGUCAGCUCGCUGAGCCUGAACUAAGGCCUCCUGGUCACUCGCAGCUUCCCCUAAGCCCUCCAGUUAGCGAAAACGAAGAGGUGACUUUUAUGGCCGCUUUGCAGCCAGGAGACCGUGGGAAAGCCACUGCUAUGGGUAUGUUUAAUAAACCGCGCACUGCCUACGAUGAAAACCAGUUCUCUCGCCGCCAGCUUCAGAUGUUCCAGGGAAGGAAUACGCCCCCUCCUCGGCAACAAUCUCCAGCACCGGUACCUGCGUCUGCACCUCCCCAAGAUGUCAGCGCUCGCUCCCUGGGAUUCUCGAACGCAAGUCACCGAUCACGACCUGGUUCUGCAGCGUCCUCUCACUACAGCGAGGCACAACGUCCUGGUAGUCGGUCUACCGGAAAGAGCAUAAAUGCAUCCCCUGCCAGGCCCGGGCACAUCGGCACAUUCUUCGACAACUCAAGCCCAAGCGAAACUGAGGACGAAGGAUAUUAUCCAUCUCGGGAUGAUUACUCUAUGCACAACGAUCACCCCGCAUUUCGUUCCAGGACUCCUUCCAAGCCUUCAACCCCAACCGGUGACGAGAAUAACUGCCCCCUUCCAGAAGUGCGAUACUCGGACCUGGGUGAUCUAAAGCCUAUCGCAGAGCACACUGAACACACUCCUGAACAGACCAGUGACACUCCUGAGAAACCUGACUCUCCCACACUACCCGCGGGACUGGGCCUCAGUGGUCUUGUGCGUACGCACCUUCGCCAUGACAGUGACAAGUCUUCUAUUUUGCCGCCACCCUCCCCUCGAUUCCCACCCCCUACAGACGACGAUGAUACUCCCAGAGAAUCCACCAUUGAACUUCCUCAACCCGACCUAGCAUCUCAUCCUCCCACCAUUGCUCCACCACCGCCCCCAAUCCCCGAUUGGCGGGAUGAGCUUGCGGCCCAGCACCGGCGCCAGGGAAGCACAGAGACGCAGAAAGAGCGAGAAGAGUUUGAAAAUGAGCUUGCCGAGCGGCGGCGAAGGGUGCAGGAAAAGCUUCGGGACUUUGCGGAUGAAAGUCGCGCGGCGAGCCCUGUUUCUGGCCGCCAGACCCCUGAUUUUGGUCCCAAACCUGGGAAUGCAUUUGCGCUUCUUAAGAACAAGCCCAGCAAGCACCAUCUCUUUGGUCGAGGCGAACCUCGCGGUAUGAAAGGCCUUCCUUUCGGCGGCAAUGCGUCUACACCUGCCCUGGUCUCAGAAGACCCCUGGGCUGAGGAGGAUAGGGUAUCGUUCCCCGGACUGGGCAACAUUGGAAAGCAUGGAAACUCUAGCGCCCCUCAGGUGGCGGAACAGCCACGGUCCAUGCGGUCGAGAAUAGCUAGUUUCGGGCGCCGCAGCAAUGAUGAUUCUCGUGAAUCAAGCCGCAGCCGUGGCGCAUCCCCUCACACGAGCUUCCGCGCUCGUAGAGAUAGGUCGAACUCAAAUACUUCUAGUCGUUCUAAGAGUCGCUCGCGCCGUGACCGCGACAAUCUUACGACACUGGAGGAAGAUGAGACUGCUUCCGACAACAGUUUCUCAUCUGGUAAUGGACGACGUGGUGUUAUUUCUGUUGCGUCAUCCGCUCGCCCCUCCAUUGAGGCGCACGAUCGCUUCGCGUAUGACCGGUCAUCGUCUGCAGCAUCUGGUAUAUAUCGCCCCGACAGCCGGUCAGCAACGCCAAUUCACGAUCGACCUUUCGCUGUCCCUGCCGCCAACUCACCCAGUAUUGGAGCCCCUCGACCGUCGCCCGCUGCACCACCUUUCUCUGCCAACGCAACACCACCAUUGUACGACAUUGCCGGUGAUUCUGCAGCAACAGCCGCGGCUAUCCAGCAAGCACAGUCUCUGCCCCAACGUGCUACAGGGCACACCGCCCUCCAGAAGCGUUCCAUCGACAAAACCAAAAUCUCCGAGCCCACUUUCAUCUCUUGCACAUCAAACGUCCCCACCGUCGGUCUUCCUCCCGGCGCAAGCCUAAGUAACGGCAUGGAGAUCCCGCCUCUCCCUCCGAUGAAUCCUCGCCGUCGCCGACAGACAACCACCCAAACCAUUCUCGGAGCCUUCAAGCACGACUCGCACGACUCCAACCCCAUGCCCGUCCCGCAACCUGACCAAGGGCCCCCAGAAGAGCACAGCACAUUCGAGGACGACGGCCGGUCUCGGUCUCGGUCUCGCCCGCGCAACCGCCUACGCAAAAUCUCAAGUGAGGGUGGCGACAUGAAUUCCGCGGUCAGCGUACGACAGACGAUGUCGGCCAGCGCAUCGCCCGCCCCUACACCACACCAGCCCCGAAUCCCUAUGGACGGAGGCAUGUUCUGA